AUGUCUCGUACAAAUGGAAGGCUUGAGCCAGAAGUGAUCAUGAACUACGCAGAUGGCUUUGCUUAUUCGAAGGGCAAGAUGGAAGAGGCAUUUCGUCCCGGAGGAUUUCUUGACAAACCUGCUGCCAAAUCCCCCGCUUCCAUAGCAAAUGCAAAGGAGUCGAACACACCAGCGCUCAAGCGAGAAGAUAUCGAUUUGAUUGUUCACGAAUUUGAGAUUACGCGAGCGCAGGCGGAGAAGGCGCUAUCUGAGAAUGAUUCCGACAUUGGAAAAACUCUGCGAGCACUGGUAUCUGCUCCUCAAUAG